UUUCCUUGGUAAGAAUAAAAGAACAACUGAAUAAAAUUCAUUAAUUCAUUAAAAUAAGUCGUGAAAAAUUGGUUCUAGUUAGUAUGAGUAAGUGUUUGAAGUUUUCAGACUUACAGAAGUCAGUGAUCAGAGCUUGUGUCUGCUGUGUUCAGGUUCAGGUUUGAUGCUGAAUAUAAGCUGCAGUGUUUCUGUAUCAAUCUGCUUUAAGUUUAGUGUGACUUUAUCUCCACACUGACUUCUGACUGACACGAGUCUGUCCUCAGUGAAGUGUCUCUUCACGCUGGAGGAGGAGUCCCGCUCAUCAGCGCUCACACUUUAUUGAUUUAUAUGGAGAAAAUCAAAAUGCUCCUUUCUGAUUUGUCACUGAUUGUGUUUGAUGAUUUCCUCUGUUGUGUCUAAUAAGGGAACAGUGAGUGUCAUUGGCAGCUGUGAGUCUCUCUCUCUCUUUAGGGGGCUGACAGGAGCCAGUUUCUUCAGUGUGUUUGAGGAGCAGACGAGAAACUUGUGCUGUGCUCUGAGUUGAUGAAGUAGUGUGUGUCGAGCUUAAGGAGAAGAUGGAGAACUGUCUGAUGCUGAUGUUUCUGUGUUAUAUGGUAAAACUCAUCACCUCCGACAGUGUGAGUGUGAGGUUGGUGAAUGGCAAUAAUCCCUGUGCUGGUCGAGUGGAGGUUUAUAAUGAUGGUCAGUGGGGAACAGUGUGUCAUGAUGGCUGGGAUAUGACUGAUGCUGCAGUGGUGUGUAGAGAGCUGGACUGUGAGACGGCUGUAAAAGCAACACGUAGGGCUCACUUUGGACAAGGAUCAGGACCAAUUUCAAUGGGUUAUGUAGGAUGUAGUGGAUCAGAGACUACACUGAAAGACUGUAGUUCAGACAGCAGGGCUACACAGCAGUACUGUUAUCAUGGUUACGAUGCUGGUGUCAUCUGUUCAGGUCGUCACCCCAAACUUGUUAAUGGAUCUCACCUGUGUUCUGGGAGAUUAGAGAUACUUCAGGAGAGCAAACAGUACACAGUGUGUGACGCUGACUUUGACCAGCAGGAUGCAGAGGUUGUGUGUAGAGAGCUGGACUGUGGGGCUCCUGUACAGGUGCUGGGAGCAGCUGCUUUUGGUAAAGGAAACGCUCAGAUGUGGACACAAGAGAUUCAGUGCAGAGGAGAUGAAUCACACAUCCGACGCUGUCCUUUGUCAACUUCUAAAAAAAACUGCACCCAUGACAAUGACAUAGGACUGAUAUGCUCAGGUUACACUGAGGUUAAACUAGUAAAUGGUUCAGACUCUUGUUCUGGAAGAGUGGAGCUUCGGUUCCUCAAAGAGUGGGGCACAGUGUGUGAUGCAUGCUGGGAUAUGAGAGCUGCCAAUGUCCUCUGUAGACAGCUGAAUUGUGGGAUUGCUGUGACUGUUGUGGGAUCAGACUGGUUUGGAGAGGGAGUUAAUGCAACCUGGGCUGAUGUGUUUGAUUGUGACGGGAAAGAAACAAAACUCUCAGAAUGUUCCAUCUCUUCAUGGAGUCGAGCUGAAUGUUCUCACAGACGAGAUGUUGGAGUCAUCUGCUCUAACAGUAAAGCUCAUCUGAGGAACUGUAGCUCUUCACAAACUCUCAAAUGCAGCUCCACACAACAGCUGUCAGUAAAGAACACUGGUCGUGGGUCCAUCAGGCUGGUGGGUUCUGGGGGAGACUGUGCAGGGAGGCUGGAGGUUUUUCACAGCGGCUCAUGGGGGACAGUGUGUGAUGACUCCUGGGAUAUUAAAGAUGCUCAUGUGGUGUGCAGACAGCUGCAGUGUGGAGUGGCCCUCAGUAACCAGCAGGUACCAGCCUGGUUUGGUCCUGGUUCUGGACACAUAUGGCUGGAUGAGGUGGAGUGUGAGGGGAAUGAGACGUCCCUGUGGAGCUGCUCUUCUUCAGGCUGGGGAAAACAUGACUGUAAUCACAAGGAGGAUGUAGGAGUCGUGUGCUCAGAGUUUAAAGAGAUCAGGUUAACUGAGGGCUGUGAAGGGAAUGUGGAGGUUUUCUACAAUGGAUCCUGGGGUAAUGUGUGCUGGAACCAGAUGGAAAAAGACACAGCGAGUCUGAUCUGUCAAGAGCUGAACUGUGGAAGAUCUGGUGAUUUGUCUGAUUCUACAGCAAGAGUGGAAUCAGCUCCUAACUGGCUGGAUAAAGUAAAAUGUCGACCACAUGACUCAAAUCUGUGGCAAUGUCCAUCUUUACCCUGGGGACAGAAUGACUGUAAUAAGGAUGAAGUGGCCAAAAUCACCUGCUCAAAUAAGGAGAAUCAAGAGUCUCCUCGGAGUCGUCUGACAUGUUUUGUCUUUCCAUCUCCUCAACAGAAACAGUGUUCAAAUCAUGUUCCUCUCAGACUGAGUGGAGGUAAGGGCCGGUGCUCUGGGAGGCUGGAGGUGUAUCAUAACGCUGUGUGGGGCUCAGUCUGUGAUGAUCAGUGGGACAUCAGCGAUGCUCAGGUGGUCUGCAGGCAGCUGGGUUGUGGAGCAGCACUGAGGGCUGAUGGGAAUUCAGUCUUUGGUGCUGGUGAAGGUGUUGUGUGGAUGAACGAAGGUCAAUGCAGAGGGAAUGAGAUUCACCUGUGGGACUGUUCUCUCUCCCUGAAAAACCACACUGAAUGUGCGCGCAAGAAGCUUGUUACAGUCAACUGUGUAGGUCAGGAAAAAUUCUGGAUCAUUUCAGUGCUAAUAAUAUUUGUUAAAUUAAUCAUUUGCAUUAUUGUAUAUGUGUUUGUGUCUGUUUUGCCAAAUUUGUCAGUGUCCACUUCUCCUGCCACAACAACAUCAGCUUCUCCUCCAGUUUCUCCUCCAGUGCGCUCAACAUCAGUCUCUCCUCCACAAACUCUCUCCGUCCCCCCAGUGCUUGUGAUUGUUCUGGGAGUUGUGCUCUUACUGCUCUUAGUGCCACUGCUUAUACUGAUUCAGCAGAACAGAGUGAUGAGGAGAGGUAGGAGAGAUCCAGAGACUGUCAUAUUGUGUCUUAUUCAGUGUGUGAUCAGUCAUGUGUUGUGAACUGACAGCAGGUUUGUCUGUCUACACUCACAGCUCUCUCUAAGA